AGAUGGGGCGAGGAAGAUUAGCGAUGAAACUGAUAGAAAAAGAGAAAUCCAGAAAAGCGACGUUUCAAAAGAGGAAGAAUGGAAUCAUGAAAAAAGCUCACGAGCUCUCUACACUAUGUGGUGUUGACUGUUGCUUGGUCGUCUAUGGUCCUAACUCCGUCGACAACCUUCCUGAAAUUUGGCCUCGAGAUCCCAGAGAGGUGCAUAGAAUCAUUAAGAAGUAUGAGGUCAAGAUCGCUGAGAAAAGUCCCAAGAAGUACAACGUCAUGGAGUUCUUCAAGGACAGGAAGAACAAAGUUGAAGCCGAAGCGAGCAAGCUUCAAAAGGAGAGGCUCCGAAAACUUUAUCCGACGUGGGAUUCCUCUUUCGACAGACUUGACGAAGAACACCUGAGGAUGUUCGUCGCUUUGUUGGAUUCCAAGAUCGAAGAUUGCAAGGGGAGGAUCAACAUGUUGAAGAAGAAGCGUUACAUAGAGGAAAAACAAGGAGCAGAAUCCUCACAACUCAAAUCAACUUCAAAUAACCGAAGCCAUCUCAGUUUCAUGCACAAUAACACUACGUCGUUUCAUCAAACUCUAGAUUUCCCUCCCAAAUCUGAUGAUGAUGAUCAUCAUCAUUGUGUGAUGAUGCCUUUUCAUCCGAAUCUGAUGCAUCUGAAUGAUUCUGGAACACAGAAUGAAGCCUUUGGUCCUUAUGAUCCCAGAGAUUCUUGUCCUUCAUCAUGCUUUUACAAUAUUAAUGGUUACUAUCCUUAUCUGCAUCAGAAUAAUAAUGUUAUGCAGCAUCAUCAUGAAGCAAAUUUGCAGGUCCUUCAAGCUCCUUUGAUGAUGCAAGAAUUUCAGACCAAGUACGGAUACCAUCAUGAUCUGCUUCAAGCUCAUGAGAUGUUCAACUGUAUGGGCCAAAAGAAGUAAGAGAGUUUAAUGCAGCAGCAACGUUACGUUGAAGCACUUGUUUAUAACUUUCCAUUAUGUUGCUGGCUAGAGAACUGAUUAUUUAGCUCACAGUAAA